AUUAAUUUUUUUAUUUAAGUGCAUUUUAAUCGUGUCCAUUGGUUAUUAUCUCCUCUAGUGGGAUAUACAUGUAUAUAUGUUUUAAAAAAAGUCACGAGCAGAGAGUCCUCUCUGUCUCUUAACAUGAGGUGCACUUGUUUUGGUAUUUGAUUGGCCGAGGAGGCUGCGGACGCCCCGCCCCCCCAGUCAACCUCGCCUCCUGAUUGGCCGCCCUCGUCGCCCGUCGUCGGGGCCAUCAGUGGGAGGCAGCAGCCGACCCAUAAGCCUGCGCUCCUCAGUCCUCAGUGGUCGGACACGUAGUGGGAACGAGACGGUCCCGAUGACCAAGUCACGGACACCCCUCACCCUCACGGCAGGGAGAUGAAGGCGGACUCCGACUGGCUCUGAUUUUUAACAGCCCUUUUCAUUCAGGUUUGGUUUGGUUAUCACUAUGGCAGAGCCGUUAUCCUCCCGAGGAGCGCCAAACACCACAACUGCAAACAUGGCGUCACCGAACCGGGUCCGAGCUCUGGCGAUGCUUUUCCUCACUGUCACCGGCUGCUGUGUGACUCCGACGAGCGGCAAGGACGGCACCGAGGAGACCGUCAUCAUAGGGCUGCGACUGGAGGACACGGACGACAUUUCCUUCAUGGACAGAGGCUACCUGCGGGUGAGCGAGCGCUCCCGGGUCCGGUUGAGGGUCUACGGGCAGAACAUCAACAACGAGACGUGGUCCAAGAUCUCCUUCACGGAACACGAGCGGAGGAGCCUUGACGACAGCGGCGGCAGCUCCUCCAUCUCGGGGGACAACCAGAGCCAGCAGGAGGACUCCACUGGCUCGCAAGCUUGUGGUAUCAGGACGUCGGAUAUAUCCAUACUGCCCAACAUCAUCCUGAACAGAAAAACGUCGGGAAUAGUCGAAAUCGAGGUGAAACCGCUGCGCAAAACGGAGAGGAGUAAGUCGUACUACCUGUGCAUCGCCGCCUCCUGGACGGAUAACACCUGGAUCUACCACGACGGGGACGACACCAAAGUGAUAGUGGUGGAGGAGAAGAAGUUCCUGCUGCCCUUCUGGCUCCAGGUGAUCUUCAUCUCCAUGUUGCUGUGCUUGUCCGGCAUGUUCAGCGGGUUGAACCUGGGGCUCAUGGCUCUGGACCCCAUGGAGCUGCAGAUAGUGCAGAACUGCGGCACGGAGAAGGAGAAGAACUACGCGAAGAAAAUAGAGCCGGUCCGUAGUCAAGGGAAUUACCUGCUCUGCUCGCUGUUGCUGGGCAACGUGCUAGUGAACACCACGCUCACCAUCCUGCUGGAUGACAUAGCAGGUUCCGGGUUGAUCGCGGUUGUCAUGUCAACCAUCGGGAUAGUGAUUUUUGGUGAGAUAGUGCCACAGGCGAUCUGCUCCAGACACGGCCUCGCGGUUGGAGCCAACACCAUCUUCCUCACCAAGUUCUUCAUGCUGCUCACCUUCCCGGCGUCCUACCCGGUGAGCAAGCUGCUCGACUACCUCCUGGGUCAGGAGAUAGGCACCGUGUACAACCGGGAGAAGCUGCUGGAGAUGCUGCGCGUCACGGACCCGUACAACGACCUGGUGAAGGAGGAGCUGAACAUCAUCCAGGGCGCCUUGGAGCUGCGGACUAAGACCGUGGAGGACGUGAUGACGCCGCUGAGGGAUUGUUUCAUGAUCCCCGGUGAUGGCAUGCUGGACUUCAACACCAUGUCGGAGAUCAUGAAGAGCGGCUACACGCGGAUCCCGGUGCACGAGGGCGAGCGGUCCAACAUAGUGGACCUGCUCUUCGUCAAGGACCUGGCGUUCGUGGACCCGGAUGAUUGCACGCCUCUCAAAACCAUCACUAAGUUUUACAGCCACCCGUUGCAUUUUGUGUUCAAUGACACCAAGUUGGAUGCGAUGCUGGAGGAGUUUAAAAAAGGAAAAUCCCACCUGGCCAUAGUUCAGCGGGUGAACAAUGAGGGCGAGGGAGACCCUUUCUACGAGGUUCUGGGUAUUGUCACCCUGGAGGACGUUAUUGAAGAAAUCAUCAAGUCGGAGAUCCUGGACGAGACUGACUUGUACACUGACAACAAGUCAAAGAAGAAAAUCACCCAUCGGGAAAGGAAGCAGGAUUUCUCAGCCUUCAAGCCUACCGACAAUGAAAUGAAGGUUAAAAUAUCACCUCAGCUUCUGCUGGCUACCCUGCGUUUCCUAGCAACAGAGGUCGAGCCGUUCGCACCGGUGCAAAUGUCAGAAAAGAUUCUGCUACGCUUGCUGAAGCACCCCAACGUCAUCCAGGAGCUGAAAUACGAUGAGAAGAACAAGCGGGCGGUAGAGCACUACCUCUUCCACAGGAACAAGCCUGUGGAUUAUUUCAUCCUCAUACUGCAGGGGAAAGUGGAGGUGGAGGCAGGAAAAGAGGGGAUGAAGUUUGAAGCGGGACCGUUCUCCUUCUAUGGGAUGAUGGCGCUGACAGCCUCGCCAGUGCCUCUGUCCCUGUCUCGUACAUUUGUGGUCAGUAGGGCUGAAUCAUUAGCAGGAUCUCCAGAAAAUAAAUCUCCUCCACGGCCAUUUGGACUCAACCACUCAGACUCCCUGAACAGGAGCGAUCGUAUAGACGCCAUCACCCCGACUCUGGGCAGCAGCAACAACCAGCUCAACUCCUUCCUGCAGAUCUACGUACCUGACUACUCAGUCAGAGCGCGCGCAGACCUGCAGUUUAUAAAGGUAACACGCCAACAGUACCAGAACGCCGUGAUGGCGUCACGGAUGGACAAGACGCCCCAAUCGACGGACAGUGAGUUCACUAAGAUCGAGCUCACGCUGACGGAGCUCCACGACGGAGUGGAGACUCCCGCCGUUGUCGUCACCACCACCAUGGCCAGCACCACCACCACCACCAGCACCACCCCCGCCGUGUCCGUAUCCGCGGCCAACGAGACGUCCCACCUGCUCAACCAGCAGCAGAACUGUGUGGGCCUCAGCAGGAGCAACCACAGCGCCCACAACGAGGGACCCAUCUAGCCCCCGCCUGAGCCCGGUGGAGACCCAGACCCUCCACCCUGUCUCGUGGACACACGCGGAGGAGCGGUGGCGUAAGAUGGAGAUGAGGGAAAGUGGGGAAGCGGAGGCAGGUGGAGUGAGGGUUCUGCUCCAACCAGUAGCCCCCCAGUCAGUCAGUCAGUGAGACCCUUUCACGGAGGGGCAGUGGGGGGGGAAGACGGGUGCUGCGUCACCCUGAACGCCCCCCCCACCUGAACGCUGUCAGAAUCCCCACUGUACUACAUCCUCUUACAGAGGGUGCACCACUCGGACAGUACCUGUGACUGAGCUUCUAUUUUGGGACAAUCUGACAAUUUCAUAGCGGUGACUUGGACUAGAGGACGACAGAGUGCAUGCAGCCCCUGUCCCGUUCCCCUACACACACACACACACACACACACACACACAACAUAAUACAACACUCGCUGUAUUUUCUCCUCAGGCCAAAGACAUUGGUCCCCCCCUUCUUACACUGGACACAGACUGUUUUUGCUCACAUACACACACACGUAUUCAAACACAACGACAUACACACACACACACAUGCAACCCCCCCCCCCCCCCAACCCGUGCAUCUUUCAGGGAGGCUCAGUCGACUGUUGAUCCCAUCAACGAGGACUCAAACCCAAACAAGCAGAAGAGAACGGUCGGUCAAAGACUGCACCAAAAACCGCUUUUGAAAGAAACCGUUUAAACCACGAACCAAGAAUGUUUUCCUGUAUUUAUUUAUUUUAUAAUAUUGUAUGUAUAUAUGUAUGCGUGGAGACACGAUAUGACAUGAAACUGGCAUACCAGCAUGCACGAGCAUGUCCACAAAAAGGUGUGUGCGCGGGGGGCACACGUGUCAUAUCGUGAAAGGACAUGCGACAUAUAUGGAGACGAACAUCCAUUCGUGUAUAUGAGGAGGUGAGGGUCUUUUACAGAUACAGUAUGUAUAUUACAGAUCUUGUUAUUUUUACUAUUAUCCUAAAUUUGAUCUUUUUCACCUUUUAAAAAAAAAAAAAUCACACUAUUGCCUUUAAGAGAAAAUCAUAUAAUUAAUUAUUUUAACAAAGUGCAAUGAACAGCAAUUUAUUUAAGAGAUGAUUAUGGAUAAAAUCGCUGUAUUAUAAAUUGACAGAUAUAUUUGUAUGUAUGUACUGUAUGUAUAUGUAUAUUUGUAUUUUUUUUUUUGCUAAACUGCAGCCAUCCACAAGCUAAAUUGUCCUUAAGUCAGUCUCUCUUUCUCUUUGUCGCUUUCAUGUUUUUGACCUCAAAACACAAUGUCUACUAUACGUUCAUAUGGGAGUAAUGAUGCCUAGACUAUUCACCACAGUGUAGCGGAGGGUGUGUGAACGUGUCAUAACCCUAACCCUAUGCAUGUGGAGGUUGUGUGUCGUCUUUUUUUUUUUUUUUUUUUUUUUGCCAAUUUUUACGCAUAAUCAAACUUGAUAAUUGCACAGUAUUAAUGACCUCAUCUAACAUGUUGAGCAUCAUCAACGUCACAAAAAGUAACCUCGACAUUAAACGUGUCCAUGAAUGAUACACAGCUAUUCCACUGUUUAUGUGUGAAUGUUUUUUUUUAUUAUUUUUAUUUUCAUUUUGCAUGCGUGUGUGUGUACAAAAAACACACCCCGGCGGUUCAGCAGUGAAUGUGAAAGAGACUUUUUACUUGUUUUGGCUCCCCCACACUACACAAUGUAGAUUAUGAUCCAUGUUUAAUAACUUUCGAGUUAAUUCAGAUCAAAAUAAUAUUCUUCUUCACAAAUGCUGGCUGCUAUUAAAGAGAGAUAUUUAUAUUCAUUUUAUCUUAGAAACACUGUACCCAUAUAUGUUUAUUUCUUUCACAAUUUGGGACUAAUUUGCGUUCUUGCGGAGCGUUAAGACGAGAAGAUCGAUCUUCUCGUCUGGCUCUCGGCAAGAAAAGCAAAUGUGGGACUAUUCCUCGAAGUCUUUUUUUAUUUUUAUUUUAUUAGUAUUUUUUUUGCUUUAGUACCUUCUUGCCCUUAUUGUUUUACCUCAUAAAGACAGGAAUGAGUUUUAAGUUACUGUAUGUGUGCUUGACAUUUUUCCUUAAAGCUACAUAAGUCUUAUUGUAGAAUAAUUCUGUUUACUUCAUAUCUGUAGAGGUUUAGAUUUUUAACUCUUUAACUACUUUGAUUCCACUUCCAGGCCUGUUCAUUAACAUUAUGUGUACUGUACGCUGGCAGUUUUUCUUGCCACCUUACAGGAAACGACAAGUGUCCUAAAGAUUAAUAUUCAGUUGCAGUCUGUAACCACUGGCGGUCGCUGUUUCCACAUGUAAUCCGACGUGUGGACAAACGGCCCCUCCAUUCUGCUCAGCCGUGAGGGGGCGUCUCGGUCGUAUAACCACACAAUAAGAGUAUACGUCUGCGUUGUUUGCAGCUGUUGUUCGCUGUUGUUUAUUGUUUACUUGAAAGUGCUCCUAUGCAGCAGGCCCAGCUCCUGCUCUGCAGGGACAAUCACUCCAGAGAUACAGCGAUGAAUGAUGAUCAGAUUGUGAGACUGUGUUUGGGACAUUCAUUCAUACUCAGUGCCUGACAGGAGAACAAGAAGCAUGAUGACAAUUCAAAAGUCCAAACGCACAACUGGGGAGGGAGGGGGGGGGACAUCAGCUGUGACUGGGUUAUUUCAAUAUUCUGUUAUUAUCUUCUUCUUCUCUCACACACUCCCAUCCUUCUGCUGAACACAAGAGAGUAUCAUCCUUCCACUAUGUGAAUGCUUUGCAGGCCUGUGUUUAACCGGUCUUCUGUCCAUCCCAAUGCUGCUAUUGUACCCAUGUGCUGUCCAUAAUGCUUCUUCUACCUGACGACAACAUUCCCAUUGCCUCCUGCAGCUGGUGGUUUAAUAAAAAAGUGAAUGAUUAACAGACAA